AUGGCUACACAAUUGCCUUCUCCUACUGCAACAACCUCACACAGCGGCAACGAGCCACGGCGCGUCAUCCGUGAAUCGUGUAACAACUGCAGUGCGCAAAAAAUACGCUGUGGUAAACAGCGCCCCGCCUGUGCUCGCUGUGUCAACAAGAAGCUUCAAUGCAAUUACAGCUACUCACAGCGCUCUGGCCGACGCUCCUCAUCAAUGAAUACCCAAAGGGGUGGUCCACAUAUCGCAUUCCUACCAGGAAUCCCGGAUACUCCUGCAACAAUGCCCGAUGCCAAUGCGAUGUCAGCCAUGUAUGGAUCAUUGACAACAAGCUCUCCAGGUCUCCAAGGAACGACCCUGAGUCCUUCUAUUGAAACAUCAUUAGAAUAUGAUCAGAACCCUUUCGAAGACCCGAAUCAAUACCAUGACCUCACCUUCGAUUUUCUCGCCUCGCCGCCAAACACAGAACCACUACAUUCUCGCAGUACUUCGUCCAAUACAGGAACCGACAUGGGCGACACUGCCAUGGUAGACUCCGAGGCUUUCUGGCACAGCUUCCCUUCCAUGCCACCUCAGAAUCUGGACGCUCUCAGAUCCGUUUCCAACCACCCUAUAUUUGACCAGGAUCAAGUCGCUUCAUUUCGGAGAUCCCUGGAGAAGACCGUGCAACAUGGGCAUGAUUGCAUGGCACUUGCUUUACAAGUGGUAAACGACUUGAGUGUGACGCGAGAACCAUGCCUGGUAGCCACAUCGAACCCCAUGACCGGUAUCGAGACCCACCAGAUGCAAGCUCGGGAUGUGGAUACCGUUCUCUUCAUCAACCGCGAUGCAGCACAGUCGGUCAAAAAGAUAUUAGACUGCAGUUGUUCAAGUGAUCAGGCUGUAUCACUAGCUUGCUAUCUCGCCACGAGCAAAAUUGUUGACUGGUACGGAGCCGCGAUCGAAGCAGUAGGCGAGCGAACGGAAGACUUUUCCAAGAACGCAGGACCCAAGACCUCUCAAGGUAUCAUGGCUGAGCGCAUCAUAGCACGGCCUAUCUACAUGGGAAAAUACUGCCUGGAUCCAGAGGUGCAGCGAGUCGUCCGAGCUCAGGUGGUUCUCGGUGAACUCAAAGAGCAUGUUCAGCCGCUCCUCAACUCGUUGCCCCGAUUUCAUAUCACUGGCUUGGAAGCAGAGAGCGAUUCCAGCGCCAAUGGUCAGCAAGCAUGCAUAUUGCGCAAUCAAUUACGCAACGUCAUCCAAAGUGCUAGGGAUCUGAACGGCACCGGUUCCAGCUAA